AGCUGAUAACGAAACAUCGUUCCUGCUUGCAUGGACAACAUUUAUCCUGUUCGUGCGGUUUGCGCAUAAAGUCAAGUAACGCGCAAAACGCUCAUAACGCUGAAAACUAAGAAACCACAAAGGCGUGCCUAAUGUUUCCUUUAGUCCGCGAGAUGGCAAUCGCAUCGCAACUACCGACCACCUUCGAUCGAUACUCUACCGCGUCAUCUGUGUGAAAAUGAAAACGAAAACUGUUCUACUCCUCUUCAUAUGUUAUUUUUUCGCCCGAAGCGCCGCAAACGACGAAUUUCUUGACGACGAUUACGAAGAAGAUCCACGAAAUUUUGAUUUAAAUCGAGUAGAUUCGUUUCGGGAAUAUGUAUUCGGUCGUGAUGGAGAGAAUCGUCGAAACAUCAUUGACGAUGAAUUGGAAGAUUGGCCUGGCCGAUGGAUGCCCGACAGACCAAACGAUCCUACUCCACCACCCAAAAUAUUUCCAAAGAUUAGUCAGACAACUGUGCAAUCCCUUCAUGGAAUACCAAUGGGAUAUUCGUCGCAAAACUGCGACGAUGCAAAAAGUAAUUUAACCAUGGAUUGGGACGGCAAUCCAAUUGUUCAUACCUGUUACGACAAAAGAAUCGUUCCGAAUAGAAGUACAACAGCGAUCAUGUAUUGUGUACUUAUGCCCAAGUAUUAUGUUGCUAUGCACAAAUGUAUGUACGAGAAAAUAGAAUACGACGAAGUUGUUCCUGUAUACGGAACACACAGACCUUUAUGGCCUGUUUAUGGCGAGUACAAAUUUUUACCGAAGCAAAGGUGGCUUCAUAGUUUAGAGCAUGGAGCGAUUGUUGCGUUAUAUCAUCCGUGCGCCAAUCCGAUGCAAGUAAGGCGUUUAAAAAGUUUGCUCGCAGGCUGUCUACGACGACAUGUGAUCAGUCCAUAUAACCUCUUGGAUGAAAGCCAUCCGUUAGUUUUGAUCUCUUGGGGAUGUCGAUUGAGCAUGUCAUACGUAAAUCCUGAGCUAGUCAUUGAAUUUAUUCGUGAGCAUGCUCGUCGAGGGCCGGAAGAAAUCUCGAAAGAUGGUGAUUUCGUCGAAGGUCUGUUACAUCGAGCUGAAAUUGUGUCCGAUAUUGACGAUACGAUAUUAUGUCCCAACGCCCAUACAUUUUAAAACUUCUACAUCGUGCGCAUUGGUGCAUCUAUAUCGUCCCUUUUGCUUCUAUUAUAAUACGAUACGUACAUGUA